ACUUUUCUGCUCUUACUAAACUACUGCAAUUACCCAGAUCUGAUUUCAUCAGCAUGAAGAUUGUCCUUUUCCGCCAUGGGCAUUCGCUCGCCAACCAGGAAUCAAGGAUCGUCUCGUCGCUCGAGAACGGUACCCGGACCACGGGUGGACCUGAAGGAACAGGAUUCGGAUUGUCUGACAAGGGCAACCAGGAGGUUGAAGAAUCGGCAGAGUCGCUAGUGAACCAUAUUCUCUCCACUAUUGAGCCUUCAAUGCAUACUUGGGUUCGCAUCCUGACAUCGCCAUUCCUGAGGACCCGCGAAACCGCGGCUAUUGUCGACAAGGUGCUCCGCACAGCCUUUGCCGCCCACACCCACCGUCAUGAACACCCGGCAGCGUCACCCUCGACCCCAUCAGCCAAUAAAUCAACUGUGUCGAUGGAGGUAAUCCCCAAAGAAAUCCAUGAUCUGCGGGAGCGUUUCUUUGGAGAGUUCGAGAUGGAAAUGCCUUCAGACGAAUUGUACGCGCGAGUAUGGCAUGAGGAUGCGUCUGAUCCGUUUCAUGAUCGGUUCGGAGUCGAGAGUGUUGCCGAGGUGACGAAGCGGAUGACGGCCGUUGUUAGAGACCAGGAAUUUGCGGAGAAAAAGCGGCUUGAGAGGCCAUAUGAAUCUGACGAAGAGCUACUCGUAGCUAAGCAGACGAAGAUAUGGACCAUUCUUGUGAGCCAUGGCGAUUCGCUCCAAAUAUUGCAGGCGGCGAUGCGUGGAUGGAGUGGGGACCGGCACCGGCAGGUCGACCAUUUGAAUACCGCCAACUGGAGGAUUGUACAGUGGUGCGAGGAGCUGGCUGAGGCACACCCAUUGAUCCGUUAGAUACAUGGGCCAUAUCCUGUACAAUUACUUUCAAACGAACGCAACCUUUCUUGCAAUAAACAAUAAGGACAUGUUCACGGGAG